UGAACUGUGACUGGUUUGACUUGAACAAUGUCUGUAUCAAUGGACUAUGUGAGGUGGAGAACCAGAGACCAACUUGCCUAUGUCAAGAAGGAUACGCAGGACCAAGAUGCCAGCUGAGAACAGAGAGUCCUCUGGCCCAGCAACAGGAGGACAAGUCCACCCUGAUUGCAGCUGGGGUUGUGGCUGGAAUUGUCUUCCUGGUCCUUGUGGUCCUGAUCACAUGGGUGGUUGUGGUUAAAAUGAAGAGAAGAAGGGAACUCAUGUACCGCUCCCAAUCUGACAAGCUGCAAGAAAUGAGUCUGGAGAAUGGUGGCACCAAUGGCAGUGCAAUUGGAGCAAUGAGCAGUUCCUAUCUACCCAGAUAUGCCAGAGCAGGUGCUCCUAGUUCUGUGGGAGGUUCCCACUACCCCAGAGAGGGGUCGAUAUACGGCACCAAUGGCAGGCCACCAAUGGAUGAUGACGGAUUUGACCACAUAGGUUAUGCAACUGCUCAUUCAAUAAACUAUCCCAGAGACAUUUACGGUGGCUCUGCCAGGGAACCCAUCUAUGGAGGUUCUGGAAGGGACAUGUAUGGUGGUUCUGCACGAGAUAUAUAUGGUGGUUCCGUCAGAUAGCCCUGACCAGCCAAUCCUUAUUUUAGGAAGACUAAAUGACUGCUUAAAAGAUCUUUACAGUAUGAAGACUCAUGGAAAAAAAUACUGAAAUCAGAAAAUGACGUGAUCUUAGUUGCAAAUAUGCAUAACUGAUAAAAAGUGUCUGCAUUCAAACACAUUGUAAAGACAGUUCCAAUAACUGCAAUGAAAUUACUAUUUCAAGAAGAAAAAUAUAUAAAUAAAAUAUAAUAAUAAAUAUAUACACAGAGAAAAUAUCGUUUCAAAGCAUCAAGGGUGGUUUUAUCAGUUCCUUGUCUUCAGGAUGGCUAAAUAACUAGUGAAGCCUAGACUGAAAUUUUAACGUCAUUAAUGGCUGAAAUUGCAUGAACUGAUGACAAAGUCCCUCUAAAGGUAACAAUAUGACCUCAUAUUUAUGAUCUUCUAAAGAUAUCAUAGGUCAUAAAUGCUAUCUUCAUGAUAAGCGGGCAUAUAUAGGAUCAUGUUCAUUCAAGAUUAUAUAUUAUAGCAUAAGACUUUAGAUUUUGAUGUCAAUUUGGCCUGUUACUAUAAUGUUUAUCAGUCAGAUAUAUUGUUUAAAAUGACACAAUAUUAUUAUUAUUAUUAUAGCAUGAACUGAUAUUACCGCUAUUUGAAAUAUCCCAUGGUUGUUAUCAUUUGCAUUUAAACAUUUAUGUACAUUAUUUUGUAAAUACAUCGAGAUAUAAUUGAACUUAUCAUGACUGUUAACAUAAUUGUGCUUCAAGGUUUAGUAUUCCUUGAAACAGAGUAGAAUGAAAAAGUAUAACUUUUUACAGCUGUAAGGAAAUAAUCCAUCUUCAGAAACAAAAUGCGCCCCACCCAACAUUAUCGUACUAUAUUUGCAACAAUGGCAUUGCAUUCAUUUCACUGUAAAAAUUCCAGUUUAAGUGACUUGUAACCUUAUAGAAUAGUUUAUGACAUUGCCAAGAUCAUAUAAUGAUGAGAGACAACGAGGAUUAAACUAGAGGCAUUAUGUACCAGUGACAAAAAUUUUGUAAAUGCUUAUAGUUAGAGUCUAUGCAUUGGAUUUUGGAACUUUUUAAACA